AUGUGGAAUUCAUUAAGAAAACAAUGGAUAGAGAGACCUACACCAGCUCAACCGUGUCUUACUAUUUCAGAAGAUAGCGAAUUAGAUAUGACUGUUCGUAUUGUUAAAAGUGUCGAACGCUGUAUUAAGCAAUUGGAGAAAGAUAUAAAGAAAUAUAUAGAGUCGAUCGAGCAGUUGGAUACAGCUGACCAAACGUUGACAAAAAAUUUGACUUCUUAUAGUUUAGUUCAUGCUAAUGACGAUUUUAAAAAAUUAGUCGCCGAUUACCAUGUGGCCACAGCCGAGACGUGCUUGCGAUCUUUAUUGAACGUCAUUAUAAUAUUUUUAACAAAGGCUGGAAAAACGGUUCAAGAAGUUGUCGAAGGCUACACUAAGACAUUCACAGAGCCAAUAACAGCGUUGUACGACAGUUUCUCACGCAUUAAAGCGAGUUUGAAUAAACGAGAAGAUCUUGUGAGUAUCUGGAAGAAGGCACACGCUAAUUUGAUCAAAUACGAGGCUAAGCCUGAUAAGACAGCUGAACAGUGCGCUAAAUUGGAAAAGCAACGAAGGGUGGAAGAGGAAGCAGCCAACGAAUUGAAAAUUUUUCAUGCGAGUCUACUCGAUGAAUUACAAAUGUUUGUUAAAGAGAGGCAGGAGUAUUUGGAACCCUGUGUUAAUGCCUUCCUGACUAUUCAGUUAAUUUAUUAUACUCAAACAACGGAGCAAUUGAACAAACUAAUAUCAGUAGCCGAUGGUACAGAGUCCAUGGAGCAAUUCAGUAAACUAAAACCAGUAGCGAGUGGUCUCGAGUCAAUGGAGCAAUUCAACAAACUAUUACCAGUAUCCAGUGGUCUCGAGUCAAUGGAGCAAUUCAACAAACUAAUAUCAGUAGCCGAUAGUGGAGAGUCAAUGGAGCAAUUCAACAAACUAAUAUCAGUAGCCGAUAAUCUAGAGUCACCUACUAGCUUAGCAAAUUCAAUGAAGGAAUACGAGCAAAGGAUAAACGAUCAAUUAGAUCGUAUUAAAAGUCUUGCGAUUGUAAAGAAAUAAUUAAAUUUUUGGGUAAAUAUUUUGAAAAUUUAUAUUUUAAAUAUUCAAAACAAAAUAGCAUUUAGGAUAUUCACUUAGGUCCUACCGUUAGACAUUUAUUUCUAAACGAUUGUUACAAUAUAUCGAAAAGUAAUUUAAUUUUUUUAUAAAUGCGUU